AUGGUGCUCUCUCUUCAGAAAAUAAAGAUAUACGUAGCAGUAAUCUUGUUCUGUUAUUUGUGCUACUUCAUACAACAUUUCAUUCUCUCAACAGGAAAUAUGAAUUGUAUGGUUGGUGAACGCGAGUCCAAGAGAGCAGUUUUACUGAAGGAUGAGUCGCUUGAACCGUUUUAUCGGCACAUUAUAGAUCAGAGGAAAAUUAGACAACGGAAGAAGACCGGUGAUUUUAAAAUGGAGCCAUACCGAGAUCCAAGAUGGCGGAGUAGGAAACCAGAGCUUCAAAUAUUAUUGGUAUCUUAUAUAAACGCUGGAAGUACGUACCUUGGUAAUAUUCUCAGACAAAAUACCAGGAUAUUCUACGUCUACCACCCUGUUGUUGUUCUACUGGAUUAUAUAGAGGAAUACCGUGGUGAACGAAUGUAUCUUUACAAGAAACCUGGAGGACUGCGCAGGAAGGAUUUAAGGGAGCACAGAGUAAAAAAUUCAACAACAGAAAGCAACGUAACAAUGAAACAACUUUCAAAAGAUCUGAUAAAUGACUUUUUGGAUUGUAACUUUACUGCAUUAGAUAUCGCCAGCCUUACAAAUUUACCAUACUAUCACAAUGCGCAGACUCGGAACUUUUCUAACUGCAUCCUUGAUGGCAGCUUAGUGAUUUACAUCAAGUGUUUGAAACUGUUGUAUGAAGCUUGUAACAAUACGGAUGUGACGUUAGUGAAUUCUGUGCAACUUCCGGUUAAAACUGCUAUGUCAUUGCUGAUCCAGAAGCCUGAGUUGAAGCUUAUUUAUCUGUAUCGCGAUCCAAGAGCGACUUUAUGGACCCAGUUCAAUAAUGGCGUUUAUAAAUGGGCUACUUUGAAAAGGAAGGCGAAAUUGUUUUGUAGCUCGUUGCUCAAAGAUCUUAUGACAGCACAAAAUAUUACAAAGAUGUUCCCAAACCGUUUUGUAUCAAUAAAAUAUGAAGAUUUGGUUCGUGAUACUAAAGAUACGUUUAGAUCCAUGUAUCAGAUCCUAGGGUUGGGGGAGCUGCCCAAAGACGUGGAAGAUUACAUCACUUCCGGUAAGAGGAUUGUGGGAUGUUCAGAUUGUGUGGAGUCAGACCAUAAUGCCUGGAGGUUGGGCAUGCCUUAUGAAGGUGCAGGAAUAAUAGACAUGAAUUGUGCACGUGUUUAUAAGAAACUAGGUUAUGAACUAAUAACAGGUCAGGAACAUCUGAGGAAAGUGAAUCAGACUCUAGAAUUCCAAUCCAAUUUUCUGUGA